AGCCAGAAUUGGCCAAUGCCGUGCGUCGUGACCUCCUCUCUCAUCCUUGUUUACGCGAGCCGUGCCGAAAGAAAGGCGAACCCCGGUGCACCCGGCGUAGAAAAGAAGGCUUCGCAUACCCCGGCUAUCGACCACGACGCGGGCGCAAGCGGCUCUGUGUAUCUCCCUACCCCCCUUUCAAGCAAUCGAUUCUCAGACGCCGCCACCGUCCAAGCCAACAUGUCGUACGAGCGGAAGCCCCAAACUCGCGUCUUCGUCGGCGGCCUCGGCGACAACAUGGCGAAAGAGGAGCUCGAGCGGGAGUUCAGCAAGUACGGCCACCUGAGUCAGGUGUGGGUGGCCCAGAACCCGCCGGGCUUCGCUUUCGUCGAAUUUGACGACGACCGAGACGCCAACGAAGCCAUCCGCCAGAUGAACGGCUUCGUGCUCAACGGCUGCAAGCUGCGCGUCGAGCACUCUCGGGAACGCGGCAGCCGAGGCUUCAGCCGGGGCGGUGCCCGCGGAGGCGGCGGUUUCUCCCGCGGCGGCCGCGGUGGCCCGUCGUCGGGCGGCUUCCGAGGCGGUCGUGGCGGCGGCUUCGGCGGCGGGGGCCGCCGAGGCGGCUACGACUCGUGGGGCCACGACGACCGCUAUGGAGGCGGCGAUGACGGAGGCGACUACGGCUCCGGCGGCGGCGGAAACAGCUCCAGCCCGCGGUACCGUAGCAGAUCUCCAUUGGGAGCACAGAGCGGCUACAAUUGAGGGCGCUGACGCGGUCGACACUCGGCAGGCCCGGGGUCGACCCUUCGCACACGACACCUUCGCAUUGGACGAUUCCGGCCGGCCCCAGCCUUUGCAUCUCGCUCGGGCCGGCCGCGCUUUAUUGCCAGGCGUCUCGAUUUUUUUUUUUCCUUUUUUUUUUUGUGUGUCUUGAUUAAUAAAGAGUCGCUGGCCCCCCACA